AUGAACAUCUGUGUCUUCCAUGAACCUUGUACAGGGAAGUUAUGGUGGAGGUAUCAGGAAGAAUCCCCUGAAGGGACAAUGAUCCAGGGUGUCAUUCUUGCAAGUGAUGAGACUCACCUUACAAACUUCUCUGGAUCAAAAGUUUUCCAUGCUGUCUAUAUGACACUUGGAAAUAUCCAUGGUGACAUCCGACAGCAGCCUGAUAGUGGUGCCUGGCUGCUUCUUGCAAUCCUACCAACAUCCUCCUUUAUCCAGACUGUCCUCACAUACACAUCUCCUCAAUCACAUAUCAAAUUGACCAAGAAUGAGGCAGCCACGCUUCCAGGGAUUCUUAAGCACCGACUCUUCCAUGCAUGCAUGAAAAUAGUCAUUGCCCCACUUCACCCCUCUCAGCAUUCCCACCCAGUUCUAGGCCCUGACAGAAACAUCCGUAUGUGCAGGACCUGCCUCCUUGGCUAUAUUGCUGACAUGAAGGAGCAAUGUUUGAUUGCCUGUGUUGCAACAAGGUCAUGCCCUGUCUGCUGUGCACAACCACAUGCUGAUGGA